AUUGUUGCUUCUUAUCUGAAUAAUAUUCUGCCAUAAACGCCCCUUAGCAUUACCUUUUUUGUACUACGUUACAAAGUUUGGGUAAACUUUUGUCCAUUCUGCGGGACUGGGAUAAGACAGCCACACGCAACGGCUUUCUGUGCUCGUCUACUUCUGCCUGGCUGCUCUGUUUGAUUCGCCCAGGCGGUGCUGUGUUCUAUUAAACACGACUGGCGAAACAUGGCGGCGUGCAGGAUGUCGAAACUUUCGGUUACAGUUUCAUCAAAGUUUCACCAGCCUCUGAAAACUUAAACAAACGGAAUCUAAAACUUAGGACGUUUAUCCUUGAUAGAUGCUAACAAUAAGGACGGGGUCUGUUGAAAUCUCAUGGUUCACCGUUUUAGUGAAAGGAGGCUUUAUCGAGUUGUUUUCGAGCAAUUAAUUUUAACGUGCGAGAAACAAAGCCGAUCAACACAGAGACAGUGCCAGCUUUAUGCACGGUAAGAUCAUAAUACCCCGUUGGAUUUUAAGAAACGGGAUGUAGUUCUGUUUUAAUCAGAAUUUGGAUUCUUUUUGGAUGCCGUUGAAAAUGUGAUGGAGGGGGGGGUCAGUGUAGCCUGCCUAUGACAUUCUGGAUGUAAACGAAUAUCAGUGAAACAAGAAGGAGAAACAAUGUGACUGUGUGGCUGUUUGCUAAUGUAGCAGGCAUAUGUGUGUCGUUACAUGUGGGGCCAGACACCAUUACAAUUCAACACAACAUACUGUUCUUACACACAGUACUACAGCGCAGUUUCCAAGACUGUUUGCCCGUUGUAAAAUUUAACAAACAAAACAUACCGACCAUUAUGGGUCUGAUCUAUUUUAUUUUCAACUCCGUAGGGAGAGCCAUAGACUUCCUGUGCUUCAUAUUGGACUUGAAUUUCUGCAUCGUAUCCUCUCUACUCAAUUUCCUGUUCGGCAUCGUUUACUUUGUUUACAGUUUACCCACUCUCCUGACCACGGGGGUGUUUCAGUGCUGGAAUCUAAGCCUGAUUUGUGUGCUCACAACCAUAGACACCAUUCUGGGGGUCGCUCAGGGCUCCUUCAACAUGGUGGGCAGCUGGUUUCGGGUUUUCUGCGGGGUGCCCGAGAGCUUUAAGAUGGUGGGUCACCUUUUCUCCCACGUGCUGCUCAGGACCAAAGAGCUGUUCCACCGGGGGCUGCUGUCCGGGCAUUCCUUCUUCAGACAGAUCUGCGAUGGCUGUGGCAUUGCCCUGAGCCUGAUUGUCUAUUUAGUGAACACUGUCGUCAACAUAUUGCUGAUCGGCACCCAGAACUGUUUCGCCGUGCUGCUGGCUGCUUGGGAGGCAGUGUCGGGGCCGGUGCAGAAAAUCCUGGAGCUUACUCUAUCCCUGUUCAGCUACCUCUCCAGCAGCCUGGUGGGUACUGCCAUCCUGCUGUGGACCCCCUGCCAGCUUGCCCUGGAAUUCCUCCACUCCCUCAGUCAGAUUUUCGUCAGCAUCUUCCUGCUGAACCUGUACGGCCUGCUGCUCACGCUGGUCAUCGUUGCCAUGGCCACACUCUAUGUGAACCCAGGACUGGCGCGCAGAGUGGUGGAGCGCACGCUGCGUUACAUGAGCACCGUGCCUUCGCUCUCCCGUCUGCAGAGGACAGUGCACAGGCUGUACCUGCUGGUCCUGGCGCGGACGCAAGCCGUGCUGCUUUUAGAGAUCUGGCAACGGGCGGUUAGGCGGGGCAGCAGGACUGGGCAAGCAGCUGGAAGUAACAGGGCAGACGCUGGGCCGGUUGAUGCACAAGGACCCCCUGAAGCAGUCCGUGCACCGCUGCCACCCCCACCUCCCUUACCACCACCGCAGCCACAGAACCCUGAUCCUCCGCCAGGGACCUCCAGCAGAGACAGGCCUCUGAAGAAGCACCUCUCUGGGGACGGGGACAAGGUGGCUCCCCAGACCGAGCUCCUGUCCCUCCUAAAGGAGCACGAGGAGCGGAAGAAGUGCGUCAUCUGCCAGGACAGCGUCAAGACCGUGCUGCUGCUGCCCUGCAGGCACCUGUGCCUGUGCCGUGACUGCACCGACAUCUUCCUGCGGCAGCCGAUCCACCAGCACAACUGCCCGCUCUGCAGACACAUGAUCUUACAGACCAUGGAUGUAUUCCUCUGAGCCUCACUCGAGAGGGGCUCUUCUCAUCGGGGCAAAAUCAGAGGCUGCCACUGCGUAGCGGCUUGAACCAUUCCAGCUUUUUAAUGCAAGCUAGAUUCUUCUGACACAGCUGAGAUGAGCUGUGACUAAAUGCAAAUCUCAGGGUUACAGAAUAGAUUGGAUGUGAAUACCUUCUGAAUAUGAGUAUACAUGGUGGGGAAUGAGACUCCCAUUGCAUAGCAGUUAAUAGCCAUCACAUGCUUUACUAUGAGUCCUAGUUGCAUAUCUACACAAGUUGCAUGUUUUUAUUUAACGAUGCAUUGCCCUGUACAUAUUUCUUACAUAUAUGAUACAUUAUAUAAUGAAACCAAUAACAAACAAACAAAACACUCCCAUUUAAUUUUAGUUUGCAAAGGUGAGCAAGCAUAUAACUAAAACUUCUUAGGAAUGUGAACAAACUGGAAAGCCAGCACAGUCUGUCUUUUUAGUAAAGAAGACUGCAGAGAUCUGUAAACUACAGUAGUAAAGAGUCACCAAAUAUAUUUGCAGUUUCUAACUGAACUUGAAGGGGGUACGCUGCAGACCUAGGCUGAGUCAGGCAUAACUCAAACUGCUAAAACCUGGACUGGGUGAAACUGCUAUGCAAUAGGAGUCGUAUUGCCAUCCCUGCAGACAGCCUGUGUAACCACAAUGCUUGCUCUGGAGUCUGUUUGUCCAUCAUGUGAUUGCAUUACUAAAAAAAAAAAAAAAAAGAAGUGGUUGAAACAGAAACCUGGAUUUGGGGUGUACUGAAGGCCCAUGGUUGCAGCUCGCUGAUCAAGUGUAUUUCCUUUAGGUCACAUUGUUACCAAUGCUGCACACACACACACACACACAGACUAAUGCAAAUGGGGAUCUUCUUUCCCCUGUGAAAUGCAGGGGUUGUGGUAUCCUGAAGCAGGUGAUUAUACAUCAGCAAUCUCUUUACUGACAUUGACAUGUGUGGUGAAAUGGGUCAUUUUGUGACUGGGCCAUUCCAUUAAAUAUUGGCACAUUGUUACACUGAUAAGUCAUCUAUCAGACUAAUGGCAAGCCAAGGAUGAACAUGUGUCUGUCCUAAUACACAGACAUCAUAUAAAGUCUUGUGCUUGCCAGUAGUUUGAUGCUAGAGUAGCUUCCUUAUUUAAUGUUUGUUUUUCACCCCGUACAUUUUUACGGUGUUUGCAAUCAUUCAGAGGGGUAUUAUUGCAGUUACGCUAAUGCUGUGGAGGUUUUCUUUCUUAAUUUUUUAAUAAGUCAGUUUAAAUUUCCUUCCCCUGAGUUUAGGAGCUGUUCUGUUAUAGAUAUAUGUAACAGUUUAACAUAGAGUUAUAAAAACAGAAAGCUUAUGUGAGUCAUUUCAGUAUAACCCAAUCAGAAUCACUGCGAACAUCACGUUUGAGAAUAAUACAAAUAAUCAUUUAAAGCUACUUUUUCUUUUAAUGACUUCUCCAAUGCGAGAAAUAUUUUCAGAGGAUGGCUUUAAGGGGAAGACAGUAUUACUCCUGUUCCAACACAUGGCUUAAAACAAACAAGGACAUUAUAUCUGUGUUGUUAUUUAUCAUUAGGAUUAAUGUUUCCCCUCCAAAGUGUUUAAUUCACACUUAGUAAUGACAACAGAUGUCUGUGCCAGUUUCCUGAGUGAAUCUACACCGUGAGCCGUGCAAACAUAUUGAUCCGCAGAAUUUCUGUCAAGUAUACAAUUACAGCUGAUUCCAAGCUGAAGCAUAAAAUGAUUCCUUUUUCUAAUGCAGUAUUGAUUCUCUCAGUCUCUUGAGUGCUCCGAAGUUCCUGGUACACGCUGCAAAACAAUUUCUGUGUAUUUCAUAAACACUGUAUGGAAUGAUGUUAUUAUAACCCUGGCUUUGCUUUCCUCAGUGACAGUAAGCACUAACCCUUUGCUGUACCUUUUAUGAAUAAGCAUUGACUGAAGUUUGCCAGACAGCUACAGCACACCUCGGGUUAACCCUUUCUACACUAUAGUGCUGUUCUUGCCACAUUGAAAACCUUUAGACCUGCGAUGACCACCCACCCCCCUAAAUCUGGACAUCCUAUACUAUAAAGUCUUAAAAACGCGAAUGCCUUGAAGACACUCUUGUGUUUUUGUACACUAAUGCAAAUGUAAAAUCACUUUGGCAUACAAGUGCAUUGUGUCUCUUAAGUCAGGCGUCAUAGGCAAUAUUAUAUAUUGUGCUGAUGAGCAUGUUCUGUUAACGUGGGCGGCCGCAGCUCUUUGGCUAUCUGCACCACACACACAUUAUUCAUUAAAAGACAUUCUGGUACACCUCAAAUAGAGAGACACCCAAUGAUGCCUGACCCAUGGGGCAGCCUUUAAAUGGGGGGAUGUAUGUUUCAUGAUUAUUCUUCUGUCUGUGGGCCAGUUGAAACCAAAACUGUGUUUUUACAAAAAAAAAGAGCAUGUUUCUAAUCCACCUCUUUGUGCAGUUAUACAUUAACACAAGACUUUGAAAAUCUGAACCGUAGCGUCAUUGGACCGUCAAACAGAUGCGUGUAUAUUAACCCCUGAAGUGCUUCAGUGACAUUUCAACCCCUUGUCAGUGUUAAAGGACCUGCUGGGGGGUGUGUCAACCAAAUCGGACCAAUCGAAGGUUGUAUUGUGAAUUUCUGAAACUUGUUUUGUUGUGUAUGUUGUACCUGAAAAUGAAUCCCACAAUGGCCCAGAUAACUCGCUGUUUUCCAGGAAAAGCCACUGUGUGUGUGUGUGUGUGUGUGCGUGACACUUGGCUCUGUGCAUUGAGCAAUGGACCAAAAAAUGGACUGUGGAUGAAGUGACUGAAAGCCCUAUCAAAUAUCUUCUCCCCUCUCGGGUAAUAAAUGGAUCCACACUGGAGGUCUAAUGCAGUGUGAUUUUUAGCUGCAGGGACAUUCUGAUUUCAUACGAUUAACAUAGGGAGCGGGGAGCAAUUUAUUCAAAUUGUUUUGAUUCUGUUAACAUGUCAUCAAUCAUGUGUUCAUCGAAUCUGAGCACACAUUGCCCCACGUCCCCUCCUGUAAUUGCCUGUGCCCCGUGUCGUUUCUCUCCAGGGUGUGUGCGCCGUGUUGGAAAUCUGUUUCUGCUUAAUAAAAAGACUAGUCUGAUCCGUAUUAGCUAUUUGCGUUUGUUAAACUGAUUAAUAGGAUAAAAACUCAUUUGGACCUGUAUGUCCGAAAAGUAAAAAGUCAACUGACUUCAGGGCACCUUCAGAUUACACACUACAGCUAUGGCCAAAAGUUUUGCAUCACCUAGAAUUUUAGGAUUGAGACAUACGCUACAGCAUAUACCCAUGUGCUGAGUUCAUAGCCCUGUUAGGUUCUGAGGACUGGUGGGAUGGAAUGAGACUUUCUUUCACUUAAGAUGGAACAAAAUUGAACAGUUUUUUUUUUUUUUUUUUUGCUGUUGCAUAAACAUCACACUCUGUAUAUAAUGAUGAUGCAAAUAUUUUGAAACCACAAAAUAAAUGUAUUGAGAAGAGAA